AUAAAAGUCCAAGUAGGUCUGGACCAAAGUUGUCACUCCCGAACGAGAGUCCUAUUCCAAAUUUCACUUGAUAUCACUCGGUAAACUCCAACUGAAGCGGCUAUACCAAAUACUUUUUCUAAUAUUUUUUUAAGAUUCUUUUCACGAUGAAGCAAUUUGCGCUGUCUACCUGCAUUCGCCGCAUUUGGAUCAUGUCGGGUUGGCUGCGCCAGGAGGCGGCUGUAGCAGCUUGCAUGUUGGUGGUGCAACGCAAUCAGGUGGAGCUGAGGGAGGAGGAGGAUGACCUCAAGGUUGAGCAGCAGGUGGUAGCCAGUGGCGGCGAGGUGGGCGUCGACUCCCAAGGCGGGCUUCGCCGUGUGCGCCUGCUCGACGACUACAUCCUGCCUUUUGAAUGCGGCCUCUGAUUCCUGAUCCCCAACUCCGUUCCGUUUUCCGUUCUGGUGACGCGCUUUUGGCUGUGCCUUAUCCCUUAGUUAGUUGGUUAGUUAGUUGCCCGUUUGGGUGUGCUUUUUGCGGUUCGCGUUUAGGGAGUUUGAAUAUCUAACAAGAAACAAACUAUCCAAAUUUCAGUCUGUACCCGCUGAAUCGGAGUCGGAUACUCUAACUGGACGGACCAAGGAAACUAUAAAAAAAUUAAAGUCCACUAUUGAUUGAUAAAUUAAAAAAAAAAAGAAAUUCUGGACGAAUCUCUCAAGCUUAGUUUAUGUAAAAAAUUUUAUUUUUAAAACUGCGAUUUUAAAGUAUAUAUUUGAGAAUUAAAAAUGUAACAAUAAAUUAUAUCUAAAUUAAACAUGUUUCCAAAUUUA